AUGGCUUCCCGACUCGAUCGCCUCGUCACGCUACUCGAGACGGGCAGUACUCAGUUGAUUCGUAAUACUGCUGCUCAGCAGCUUGCAGAUGUGCAGAAACAGCAUCCAGAUGAACUGUUUAAUCUACUCGGGCGCAUCCUGCCUUACCUCAGAUCCAAGUCCUGGGACACAAGGACAGCUUCUGCCAAAGCUAUUGGAUUGAUUGUCUCUAACGCAGAUAUUUAUGAUCCAAACGAGGACGAUGGACUCCAGAUCAAGUCUGCAGCAGACGAAGAUGAUGUCGAGAUCAAGUCCGAGGUCAAAUCUGAAGAGCCAAUCCUGGCCGAUGAUUUCCUCAAACUCGACACCUUGGACAUCCCUUCCGUAUUAAAAUACGGUAAGCGGCUGCUCGGCAGUGCGGGCAAGGAGUAUGAGUACUCCCUCGCGUCCAUGGAACCAGCUGCACGCCUACAGCACCAAAAGAAGACUUUGACUUCGCGGCUGGGUCUUGAAGGUGAAUACCUCGAAGAAGACUUGAUCGAGGAUAUCGAAUUGGCUCCUAAAGUGGUAACUCCUGCCCCAAAGCAUGAGCCGAUUAUUCUGCCAAUCUCUCAUCAUAACAGUCUGCAUGAAGCUCACUCCCGCCGGCCCUCCUCGCCCAUUGAAAGUGCGACGAAGGAGGACGGGGGGCUGAGCAAGCGACAGCUCAAUCAGCUCAAGCGGAAAAACAAGCAGAAUGCCAAGAUGGGGGCCAACAAAGUCCGUGUCGUGGAUCUGUCUUCUCGUCGACAGUCCGAUAUUGCCACAACCCCUGUGGCCACAACUCCCUAUCCCGUCAAAGAAGAGAACGGAGAUGAUCAGAACGGCGAGACAAAACCCGAUUACUUUUCCUUAGAACGCACUGAAGAAGAUGAUGAUUCUAAGCUUGUUACUGAAUUCAAAGGAGCUGCCGCUCCAGAGCGACCCCAUAUCCAGCCAGAUAUUGUGGAGCAGGGUGCAGGAUGGCCUCUGGAACACAUGUGUGAAUUCCUAACUAUGGACAUCUUUGAUUCCAACUGGGAAGUUCGACAUGGUGCCGCAAUGGCCCUGCGUGAAGUCAUCAGGGUUCAGGGUGUGGCAGCUGGCCGCCUGGAUGGAAAAAGUCGCACAGAAAACGAUGCACUCAACCGCCGGUGGCUGGAUGACCUCUCAUGUCGUCUACUCUGCGUUCUGAUGCUUGACCGAUUUGGUGAUUACAUUUCAGAUAAUGUGGUUGCCCCAAUUCGCGAAACCGUGGGCCAGACUCUCGGUGCUCUUCUCUCACACCUACACCCGAACUCAGUCCGAGCGGUCUACCGAUGCCUAUACCGGAUCAUAAUGCAGACCGACCUGGGAUUGGAUCGUCCCGUAUGGGAGGUCUGCCAUGGUGGUAUGAUCGGGCUGCGAUACCUCGUCGCAGUUCGAAAGGACUUGCUUGUCAAUGAUUCCAACAUGAUGGAUGGCGUCCUGGAAGCUGUCAUGAAAGGCCUCGCUGAUUAUGAUGAUGAUGUCAGGGCUGUUAGCGCAGCUACACUUGUUCCCAUUGCAGAGGAGUUUGUGUCAUCCCGGACUGGCACUCUUGGCCCUUUGAUGAACAUCGUCUGGGACUGUCUCUCUAAUCUGCAGGACGAUCUUAGUGCCAGUACAGGAUCUGUGAUGGACCUUUUGGCCAAGCUGUGCACAUUCUCUCAAGUUCUGGAUGCUAUGAAGGCUAACGCUGCAGAUGACCCGGAAGCGUCAUUUGGCAAACUUGUCCCCCGCCUCUACCCAUUCCUCCGCCAUACCAUCACCAGCGUUCGCUCGGCUGUCCUUCGGGCUCUCAUGACAUUCUUGAAGCUGGAGGGCGAGGGCACCACAGAUUGGGUAGAUGGCAAGGCGUUGCGCUUGAUUUUCCAAAACCUUCUCGUGGAGCGCAACGAGGGUGUUUUGAAAUUGUCUGGCCAAGUGUGGUCUGAACUCCUCAACGUUGUUGAGCUGCGCGGUUCGUUCAAAUCCGAAGAGGAGUUAUCGGACUCCAUCCAGCCUCUUGUUACUCUGACUCUGGGCGCUUUCGGCGUUCCCCGGUACCCCAUCCCCAUGAACGCCUCGCUCUUUAUUAAACCGUCUGGUCUGCCAUUCUCCGCCGCUCUGCCGGCUCCCACUCCGUCCAAAGGCUCUCCCCCUGCUUCUGUUCCGGGUGGGGCUGAGGUCAAGGUGGGACGGAGGCGCAAAUCGGAGAAGAAAGAAAAAGAACCGCCUCCGCCCUCAGCUCACAACGUGGACGGACACAUGCUUUCCGGUGAUAUCGACCUCGUUGGUGCAGACACCAUGUUGAGAUCCAAGAUUUACGCCGCGAAGGCGUUAGGCGAGCUGAUAUCUUUCUGGGACAAGAAUGAACUACCAAGCCUUUGGCCGGCAAUUUUGGAUGGUCUUAAUGUUUCUGCUUCCACAACGCAGCUUGCCUCGGCCAUGGUCAUGGAAGAGUAUGCUCGCCAAUCCGGACCAGAGAGCAAAUAUCGCUCGUCUCUGUGUGACCGUCUUCGACCAAUUCUCGAAGGCGAGCGCCCAUCCUGGUAUGCGGACAUCGCGUGCUACCUUCAUGUCGCGCGCUCCCAGUGCCAUUCAUUGUUGAAUACUUUCCGGGAUCAUGCGCAUGUGGCACCUUCUCGGCUACCAACCUUGGCUGUGGUCGUUCAGGGAGACUCGGAAGCCGGGCCUAAUGCAUUUUCCUUAGCGGACGCUGAGAAGAUCGUUGGUCCUGACUUUGAUCGACUGAAGAAAAACCUCACACCGGCCCAACGAAUCACUGCUACCCAAGUAUUGAAUGACACUCGUACCACUGCACAAUCCGCCGUUGAAGAAGCACGACUGAUGAGAGAACAGCGGGACAUGCGUGUUCUAGCUGCCACUGCUGGUGCCCUGGUCGCGUUGCGGGAUAUCCCCAAGAAACCUGGCCACAUCAUCAAGGGCAUGAUGGACAGUAUCAAAAAAGAGGAGAAUGUAGAACUUCAGCAGCGCUCUGCGACAGCAGUGGCAGGGCUCAUCGAACAUUACACAGCCUCCACGAAGCGUGGACCAGUGGACAAAAUCAUUGGAAACUUGGUCAAAUAUUGCUGUGUGGACACUUCUGAGACGCCCGAAUUCCCGCACAAUGUGCAAUUGGAGAAAACAAUCUUAUCGCUACGCAAAGAAGAAGACCGACGCGACCAUCCAGACGCGGCCAAAUUCGAAAGGGAGGCAAGAGAGGCACGGAUUAUGCGUCGGGGUGCUAAGGAUGCGCUGGAGCAGCUGGCAGUCAAGUUCGGUGCCGAGCUUUUGGAGAAGGUUCCGAAUCUCGCAAAAUUGGUUGAACGGCCAUUGAGAGAUGCUUUGGCAGAAGAUGAACUUCCCGAGGACAUCACCGACCCAGCGAAUGAACUUGGCCAAGAAAUUGUGGAUGGUCUGUCCACAUUGCGGGCUCUGUUGCCGAAGUUCGAUCCGGGUCUCCACGAAUGGGUUAUCGACCUUAUGCCGAUUAUCGCCAAGGGUUUGCAGUGCCGACUUUCUGUCAUUCGCUACGCAGCCGCCAAAUGUUUCGCUACAAUUUGUAGUGUCAUCACCGUCAAGGGCAUGACGAUGCUGGUUGAAAAGGUCUUACCAAUUAUCAACAAUGGGUUGGAUGUCAAUCACCGCCAGGGUGCGAUUGAGUGCAUCUAUCAUUUGAUCCAUGUCAUGGAAGAUGGAAUCCUCCCCUAUGUCAUCUUCCUGGUAGUUCCUGUCCUUGGCCGUAUGAGCGACUCCGACAACGAUGUGCGUCUUCUAGCAACAACAUCGUUUGCCACCCUUGUCAAACUGGUUCCCCUGGAGGCCGGUAUCCCCGACCCUCCUGGCUUCUCAGAAGAGUUGCUCGAGGGCCGUGAUCGAGAGAGGAAGUUCAUGUCCCAGAUGCUGGACGUGCGUAAAGUCGAGCCAUUCGAAAUUCCAGUCGCGAUCAAGGCUGAGCUCCGACCUUACCAGCAGGAUGGUGUCAACUGGCUUGCUUUCCUCAACCGCUACAAUCUCCAUGGUAUUCUUUGUGACGAUAUGGGUCUUGGCAAGACCCUGCAGACCAUUUGCAUCGUGGCAAGUGACCACCAUAUGCGAGCGGAGGAGUUCGCCAAGAGUCAAUCGACAGACUCUCGAAAAUUGCCUUCUUUGAUUGUCUGUCCACCUUCUCUUUCUGGACAUUGGCAGCAGGAAGUCAAGCAGUAUGCUCCAUUCCUCAGUUGCAUUGCAUAUGUCGGCCCUCCCGCUGAACGGACGCGACUUCAGCCCCUGCUGGCUACCACAGAUGUCAUUGUAACUUCCUACGAUGUUUGCCGCAAUGACAACGAUAUUCUCUGCCCUAUCAACUUCAACUACUGCGUACUCGACGAGGGUCAUCUUAUCAAGAACCCCAAGGCCAAGAUCACGUCUUCAGUUAAAAAGUUAGCCAGCAACCACCGUCUGAUCUUGUCUGGUACUCCAAUCCAGAACAACGUUCUCGAACUGUGGUCGCUGUUUGACUUCUUGAUGCCCGGUUUCUUGGGAACAGAGAAGGUCUUCUUGGAUCGGUUUGCCAAGCCCAUUGCAGCGAGCCGUUUCAGCAAAUCCUCUUCCAAGGAACAAGAGGCAGGUGCUUUAGCAAUCGAGGCACUGCACAAGCAGGUCCUGCCAUUCCUACUCCGUCGUCUGAAAGAGGAAGUCUUGAAUGACCUCCCUCCCAAGAUUAUUCAGAACUACUACUGCGAUCCGAGUGAACUGCAGAAGAAACUGUUUGAGGACUUCUCCAAGAAGGAGCAGAAGGAGUUGGCAGACAAGGUGGGCAGCGCAGACCGAGGCGAUAAAGAGCAUAUCUUCCAGGCGCUUCAAUACAUGCGACGUCUGUGUAACUCUCCUGCCUUGGUUGUCAAGGAAGGCCACAAGCAGUACAACGAGGUGCAAACCUUCCUGACUGCCAAGCGGUCGAACAUCAGAGAUCUUACCCACGCGCCCAAGCUAAACGCUUUGAAAGAUUUGCUGGUGGAUUGCGGCAUUGGCCUUGACCACACAGCAGAGGGUGAACUGGAUACAGGCGCAAGCUAUGUCAGCCCCCACCGCGCCCUUGUGUUCUGUCAGAUGAAGGAGAUGCUGGACAUUGUACAGAACGAUGUCCUUAAGAAACUCCUCCCAUCCGUUCAAUACCUUCGCCUGGAUGGAGGUGUGGAAGCAACUAAGCGCCAGGAUAUCGUUAACCGAUUCAACACCGACCCCAGUUAUGACGUCUUACUCUUGACCACCAGUGUUGGUGGAUUGGGUCUUAACCUUACGGGUGCAGACACCGUCAUUUUCGUGGAGCACGACUGGAACCCGCAGAAAGAUAUCCAGGCUAUGGAUCGUGCCCAUCGUAUCGGUCAAAAGAAGGUUGUCAACGUGUACCGUUUGAUCACGCGAGGUACCCUGGAGGAGAAGAUCCUGAACUUGCAACGAUUCAAGAUCGACGUCGCCUCCACCGUGGUCAAUCAACAGAACGCCGGGCUCGGAACAAUGGACACAGACCAACUGCUUGACCUGUUCAAUCUCAGCGAAACGGCAGACACAGCCGAGAAGCCAAGCGAUACAGCCGGCAACGAAGUCGAUAUGGUUGAUAUUGACGGCGAGGUCAAGGAGAAGGGCAAGAAGGGCUGGCUAGACGAUCUGGGCGAGCUCUGGGAUGACCGUCAGUACCAGGAAGAAUACAACCUGGAUUCUUUCCUGGAAACCAUGAAGAACUGA